UUGCCCUUGAAAUUAUACUUUGAACUAUUCUUAAGUUUUAACAUGAUGUUUUCUUUUUGGGUUUCAGGUACAACAUAAUAUUGGAUUACCCACUUUUAGUUGAUGUAUAUAGGUUGUUCCGAGGAGGACCAUUACUAAAGUAUGAGAAGGAGAAGUAUGCAAGGAUUGGAGUGAUGCCUCGUUAUGGCGAUGCAGAUUCAAUUCGUUGGUUUGAUGUUGAAUCGUAUUGCACUUUUCACAUUCUCAAUUGCUUCGAAGAUGGUGAUGAGGUGAUAGUGAGAGCAUGCAAGGCUAAUGAAUCAAUCAUACCUGGACCGGAAUGGGGUAUAGAUAAAUUCAAAUGGUUCUCAAGAGGAUUUAAACCACUCAAUACUUCAACCGAAGAAGACGAUAAUAAUUCAAUCAAAGAUGGAUUUCUCUUUACUUGUGUUCAUGAAUGGAGGUUGAACAUGGGGACAGGAGAGAUUAAGGAGAGAAAUCUAACUGGAACUGAAUUUUCGAUGGAUUUUCCAUUGAUUAAUGAAGGUUACAGUGGUCUCAAACAUAGAUAUGGAUAUUGCCAAGUCAUUGAUUCCGAAGCAAGCUCUAUUAGUGGAAAAUCUAAAUACGGAAGUAUGGCCAAAUUGUACUUUGAGAAACCAGAUUCUUCUGAGUCAUCUAUGGAGGGACAUUUUGAAAAGCCGAUAAAAAUGGAGCAUCAUAAGUUUGCAAAGAACAAUUUCUGCACUGGAUCAGCUUAUGUCUCUAAACCUGGAGGUUCUGAAGAAGACGAUGGUUGGAUUGUCGCUUACGUCCAUGAUGAAGACACUGACACAUCUCACGUUAUUGUAGUGGAUGCCAAGAACUUCCAGGGUGAGCCUAUUGCAAAAAUUCCUCUGCCACAAAGAGUGCCAUAUGGUCAUCAUGGAGCUUAUUUUCAGACUCCAAGUCAGCAUUAGAUAUAUUUGAUCUGAAUGUAGUUGGGAUUGGGUUGUCUCGCUAUGAUCGCUUUUGCAUCAUCCCUCCCCUUUCUUUUUCUUUUUUGUUGAUGUUUUCUUCCUUACGUGUAAGGUUCUCGAUCAUCAACAAAGUGUUUUUUGUUGUUAAUCAAAAAAAAGUAUAAUAAACGAGAAAAGCCAUACCUAUCCCAAUCCGGAACUCCAAUGUACAGUUUGACUUUUUUAGACUUAUUACUCGU